CGCUCGCUCUUCUCGAUUCAUUUCAGGCUCGUUGCAAAGUCUUCUAGCAGCUCACUGAGCAGAAGAAGUCCCUUGGUCGGAGGCAGGAUCAAGAAUCAGAAAAGGAUCACCAACCAAGCUCCCAAAAAAGCAGUCCGGGUGUUGAACGAGGAUGGCAAAGACGUCACUCCUCUGCGGCUGUGUCGUGCAGAGCCACGAGAAGAGUCCCAACCAGGCAGAUACUUUCUGCACACACUCUUUACCAGCUCGGGAUCAGACCACCUGGGAUCCACUUCAAGCUCCAUUGUGCUUUCUCCUUACAGCUCAUAUUUGGAAAGCAGCCAACGAUAUCUCACGAUGUCACAGACCACUGGAGAGAGCGAGAAUAGUGUUUUUCAACCAGUAAACCAUCAAGCUACAAGCGAGGUGCCGAGGAAAAGAGACAACAUGAAAGAGGAUGUGGCAGAAGAGAUGCUGGAUGGGUUCUUAAACAUCUGCCUCUCAGAUACCAUUUCACUGCUGGACAUACCCAGCACCAUCGUGUUUGAGGAGGAUGAUGAUGCCGAAGGUGUUAAAGAAAGAAAAGUUCAAUAUGCUGAGCUUUGUAAGAACAGAGUGGGCAACGAUAAGUACAUGGCACGAUCCACACAGACGUUGAAUGGAGCGCCCAAAAGCAAGCCCACCCAGACUUACAAGAUGGCUGCGGUGGAUGAAGGGACGGUGGUUUCUUCCUGUGACAUCUAUGACUCUAUGAACAACCAAAAUGAAACCCUGGAAAGUGGAGAGAAGGCUGCGUAUCCAGUGACUACCGGGAACACCAGUAAAGGUCAAGAGAAGAGAGAACGGAGCAGCAGCAGCACCACAGUCCGCACGGGCACCACCAUGAGCUCACAGUUAGAAGAGGACAUUUUUUUACACUGCGAAGACAGCGUGAAGGCUGAUUACGACCUGCAGCUCAUCCUGUCCUCAGAGUCGUUUAAAUGCAGCUUGUUCGUGAUGGAGAGGAGCGUCGUGGCAAACACAUUUCAAACCAAGCUGGCCGCUUAUAAACAGCUGCCCGUACUGAAAGACCCUGACAGCACAGUGGAGCCCGGGACCGAGGAACGGAGCGAGGAGGGUGAGGAGGGCUCUUCAUCUCCAAUGCUGAAAUACCUCUUGGAUUUUAGCUGCGAGCUCACCAGAGGAAGCAACGCUACCAGCAUGGCCUGGAACAAGAAGAACCCGGAUAUCCUGGCAGUGGGUUACGGUGACUAUGACUCAAGGAACCAGAAGCAGAGUCUGAUCUGCUGCUGGUGCUUCAAGAACCCGACGUGGCCGGAGCGCAUCAUCCACUGCCAUAGUUGUGUCAUAUCCCUGGAUUUCUCGGCCAACAACGCCAGCCAGCUGGCUGUGGGGAUGGACGACGGCACGAUGGCCAUCUACGAUAUCAGUCAAAGCAGCAGCACGUGUAUCGCCGACAGCAGCAAAUGUUUAAAAAAGCACAUGCACCCGGUGUGGCAGGUCAAAUGGAUCCAACAAGCGAUCGCAUCAUCGGGCCAGGAAAGGACCGAAGCUCUCAUCUCCGUGUCAGCGGACGGCCGGAUCUCCAAGUGGUUCCUCUGCAGCGACGGUCUUGACUGCUUAGUCCUGAUGAAGCUCCACAAGAAAAAUGUGGAAAAAAAGAAGCCAGAACAGAGGCUGUCAAUCCCGAUGAAUCCUGGUCUGUGUGUGGACUUUAAUCCGACGGAUACCAGUAUCUAUGUGGUUGGCACGUGGGAGGGGCCUAUCCACAAGGGCUGCAUCUCCAACAAUAUGCAUUUCCUGGGAACUUAUCAGCAACACUCGUGCCCCGUGAACGGCAUUGAAUGGUCUCCGUUUAAUUCCUCCGUGUUCCUGAGCUGCUCCUCUGACUGGACCAUCCAGCUGUGGAGGAAGGACCUCUUCGUCCCCGUGAUGAGCUUCACGUCCACCCAGAAGGACGUGCACGCCGUCAAGUGGUCCCCAAACUGGUCCACGGUGUUCGCGGCACACAACGGAGAGCAGGUGGAGAUCUGGGACCUGAACGCGAGCAUCUUGCUCCCAUUAAUUGUGCACCGAGCCGCCGAUGGCGUGAAGGUGAAGUCCCUGAUGUUUACCAAGGGGACAGACUGCGUCCUGGUCGGGGACAGUUACGGCCAAGUGACCGUCUACCAGAUCAAGAACCUCAGCGUGGGAGAAGACAAGAAGGAGGUGGACAGUUUGGAAAACAUCGUGAACGCUGCAGACGAAAUCAUUCAGGUUUACACAAAAAAAGAGACCCAGGCUGUAGUGGAGGACCAGGACCAGAACCAGAACCAGGACCGUGCUGCAGUAAAAGGGAGUCCGGUGCUCAGGAACACCGACACGUACACCAACCGUCCUAAAGAUAAGGAUUGUUUCCUGACGGAGAUCAGGUGCUUCCUCCAUAAAUUCGCUCCAACUGUCAAAAGGUCAGAGUUCAAAACACAAUUCGUCUUUAUUAUUUUUAGCGGCAGAAUGAAAGAAAGUGUGCAUUUUGAUGUAAAGUAAAGAUAGUAAUGAAUUAAAU